CUCAUCCAAACACUGUUGCCUUCAUCAGUCAUGGUGGCCUUCUUGGUACUAUUGAAGCAGUGUAUUUUGGUGUCCCAAUUCUGGGCAUACCAAGAUUUUGGGAUCAACAUAAAAAUAUUGAAGAUGCUGGUAGGAGGAAUAUGGCUAUCAAAUUGAAUUAUCACAAUAUCAACGAGCAGGUUUUCGGAAGCGCAUUGAAUGAAUUACUAAAUAAUCCAAUGUACAGGAAUAGUGCGAAACGUCAAUCUCGAAUAAUGAAUGAUCGGCCUGUGAAACCGCUGGAUGAAGCAGUGUUUUGGAUAGAGUAUGUAAUUCGAUAUCGAGGAGCUCCACAUCUCAGACCUGCUGCUUUGGAUUUGAAAUGGUAUCAGAGAUACCUUAUGGACAUCGUAGUUUUCUGCAGUUUCAUUGGAAUCACUUGUCUUCUGUUUGUUUUCCUGGCUUCGAAAUGCAUUUAUUCCGACCGGAAAAAAAUUGACAGUUUUUCAAAGAAGAAUAAAUAGGCGUUGAUCCGAUUUCUUCUACUCUUUGUGGAUGUCCAUGUCGAAUAUAAAAUCUGCUUUUUAUAUAACCAACGUAUGCCUGAUUAACAUUGGUGUCUCUCUGAACCUUAUAUUUUUAAAUGUUUUCAUUACAUUUGCCCUGUUUGUUCAAUUGUGUAUUAAUUUAUUAAUUUAUUUGUGUCAAAUUCAAUAAUUGAAGUUUGGCCCUCUUCCUUUUGACAAACUGAUCUAAUAUUUGGUAUACAAAUUUAGUUUUGAUGACAAUACAAUUUAAUAAAUUCUGUGUUCCUGUGAAUCCAA